GUCUCCAGUAAAUCUACGAGACGCCUACGACUUCUGGACUUGAUCAGCUUCUGUAAUCGGAGAGAGAAGACGAAGGGAGAAGGGAAAUGAGUGGGCGAUUGACAGCAUCCCAUUGCCCACCCUCCUAUUCCAUUCCUUCCCCAUCCAUAAUCCAUGCCCCUCGCUGCUCUAUCAAGCCACCUGCCCUCCCCUUUUCCCCCUCCAACCUUCACCUCCACUCCUCCAGAUCUCCAUCCACUACAUUCACCUGCAACUGCACUCGCAAUUCCGGUGAGAAUGAGAGCAGAACAAUUUUAGAUGCAUUUUUCUUGGGAAAGGCAGUGGCUGAAGCACUUAAUGAGCGUGUAGAGUCGGCCGUGGGUGAGUUUCUGAGCUCCAUUGGCAGAUUGCAAGCUGAACAACAGAAGCAAGUAGAAGAGUUUCAGAAUGAGGUGUUGGAAAAGGCUCGACGGGCCAAAGAGCAAGCAGCAAUGGAAGCGAAAGGGCUCGUUCCCCAGGCUAAGUCUAGUGCGGACAAGACAUCAGCUGUGAAUGGUGUAGCAUCGAACACAUACUCACCUGCUGAGUCUGUGAACUCUACAGCCUCAUCCCUGCAAUCGGAGCCUGUCGACCGUGAGGACAAUCCUCCCAAUGAUGAAUGAUGGUUGAUCAUUAGUGAUGCUGCGUAUGAUCACUGCCCCUUGCAUAGUUUGAGAGCAGAAGGAAUAUUGUUGUUAUUUAUAAUACAUGCAAUGUGUAUUCUUUUUUAUUGCAAAUUUAUCAUAGAAAUAUUAAGAUGA